UUUCAUAAAUGUUAUCAUUUUUCUUUUAUUUUCAGCUCCUGAAACGCAAACACAGUCGGUAUGCAGCCUACUCAGCGACAUGUUCUCCUUGGGAAUGGUUAUAUGCGCCAUCUCAAUAAAGGCAAACCUCUGAUUCAAGCUAACAAUUCUAGCUCGGCGUAUGUCAAACAACUCGAACUGUUGGAGGACCAAGUUCACAACAUAAUGCCUAGAAUACCAGUCCCUCUCCAAGAAGCCACGAUGCGCUUACUCAGCAAGGACACGAGACAACGACCUACAGCGCAACUAUUAACGCUUAUCAAGUACUUCAGCGACCCUGCGGUGCACGCAUUGCAAUUCCUGGACGUGAUCAACAUGAAAGACCCCACGCAGAAGGCGCAUUUUUACAGGAACACGCUCAAGGAGUCGCUGCCGUUUAUACCGAAGAAACUAUGGUACCAACAUGUGUGGCCCUCGCUGCAGCAAGAGAUGAGGUCGCAGGAGGUUUUGGCAGCCGUUUUACAGCCUGUCAUAUACCUGAUACAGGAGUCAACUAAUGAAGAGUACGAAACUAUCAUUCUUCCGUCCUUCAGGAGCGUGUUUUCGGCGCCAAAAACCGUUCAAGCGACAGUCACGCUGCUCGAGAAUCUGCACAUCAUCCUCGAGAAGACGCCUAGGGACGAAGUGCGGGGGGAGGUGCUGCCUAUGCUGUACAACGCUUUCGAAAGUACUACGAUUCAAGUGCAGAGCGCAGCCUUGGUAGCCGUGACGAACGUAGCAGACUACCUGGACGAACACGCGAUUCGUCGCAUGAUCCUGCCGAAAGUGAAGAUGCUCUACGAGAAGAACCAAACUGAUCUGAAGCUCGUGUCGAACCUGCUUUCGUGCGUAGAACGCGUUUUGGAUAGGCUCGACAAGGCGCAGAUCAUCGACGAAGUGAUGCCUUUGUUGUACGAGAUCAGGCUGUCCGAUCCGCAAAUCACGCUGAGAGUUGUCAAUAUCUACCGACUGAUGCUGAGCGACAAAAAGUACGGCCUCUCCGUGAACCUCAUGGCGACGAAAGUGAUGCCGUCGCUCCUUCCUCAAACCGUGAACCCUCAACUGAACCUAGAACAGUUCACCAUCCUCAUAGAGGUGCUGCAGGACAUGUUGGACCAAAUCGACCGCAACCAGAGGAACAAACUGAAACUGGACAACCUGUCUUUGCCCAGUCCGGAGAGACACAGGCCUUUAAGGCAUCAGUACAGCUCGGAUAACAUGCACGUACCGCCUUUCAACAUUCCUAAUUUGAGGAUCGAGCAAAGGAAGACCAGCAGCGCCGAGGAUAUGGCCAGGAAGAACUCCACAGGUGGCAUGCUGGGCGGCUGGUGGUUCGGCAGCGGCGGCAGUCCCUCCUCGCCCGAUUCGAACCUCCUCCGCGUCGCGAACGCCUUCCCGAACCGCCGUCUCAGCGACAACACGCUCAUGACUCCCAAGAUCCGCAUCGCGCCGUCGUGCGCGAGCUCGCCGGGAGGCACGCCCGCCAGCGGAGGAGGUGGCGGCCUGCCAAUCAGAAGACACUCUUCGAUCGGCCCGCAAGAGAGGCGCGGCAGCACGGUCAACUUGUCACCGCCCACGAUCGUUAUAUACUCGCCGCCAAAGUCUGAACCGAAAAGCUGGUCGCUCGACGAGGGAUGUACCAGAAACUGAAACAGUGAAAAAGAUGACAUUAGGACUCAAUACACUAUUGUUAAGUUUUUGACGAGUUGUUUUGCAACGGUUUACGAUUCUAUCAGACCUUAAACCUUUAGCAGUUGAGGCGGUAACCUGGAACAAAUUUUUUAACUCGAAGUUCUGGUGGGCUGUAAUCGGAAAGAUGUUCGAGGUUUACUACCCUGGAAGAUUUAUAUACUAUUAUAUAGGUGAAAAAUUAAAGUUUCCGCCUUUUGUUGGGUACUUCGACAAAAUUUAAGCAAAGAGGACUCUUUAUACUUUUUUUAAUUCCCUCUAGUUUUCAAUGGACUUUGCCAUCAUCAUCAGGAGCUGCAAUUACAAUGAUAACAGUAGCAAC